AUUCCUAUGUUUCAAGUUGUUGCCCUAAGACAUAAUAGAAGAGCAGAGAACUUUAUUCGAACGCCUGCCUACAGUGGAGAACCGAUUGAGCGGCAUAUGAGGCUCAACCAAGAACAAUUUGAUCACCUUGUUGAUUAUUUUCAUGGAUGGAGGCAGGCUAAUCACCAGGGGAAUGGCCAAGUCAACGCAAGUACAUCUUCAAGAAGAAUGAAAACUUUUUUGCACUACCUCGCUUCAGGAGGCUUUCACAGACAGGUCGGUUAUGCUGUUGGUUAUGCUAAGCCAACUGCAAUAUUACAUGUGACUGAGGUUUCUGACUUUUUCUUUGACAUAGCUGCGCGUCAUAUUUCAUUCCCUGAGCAGGAUGAGUUUGAUCAACUGGCCCAGCCUCUGGUUGAUAUCGACGGAGUUGAGCGGCAAGUGAUUCUUUUCAUAGACGGCGUUAUUGUGAAAAUCCAAAAGCCUGAUAGGGCUGGUGAUGCGUAUUACUGUGGGAGGCCGGGGAAAUGUUGCGACUCCAUCAACGUGCAGUACGUUGUAGAUCGAUUUGGCAGGGUAAGACACGUUAUAAGCGGAGUACCUGGAUCGACGCACGACAAAACAGCGGCCGAGUGGUCUCGAGAAUUGUUCGACUUCCUUGAUCAACUUCCAGAGGAGUAUGUUAUGCUUGGUGAUCCUGCCUACAGGAACCUGCACCGAUCUGUGCUGAUUACUUUUACUGGAAAUAAUCUUCGACAGGAACAACUAGAUUUUAACAACAGAUGCACUCGACUCCGUCAAAUAGUUGAGAGGUCUAUCGGAUGUACUGAACUGAUAUGGAGGAUCAAUCAGCUAAAAGAGAAUAGGUACGCUGCGAAAUAUGGCCCUGUUUUUCCAUCAAAAUGCACUGUAGCAACAUGCGUGUUACACAACCUUUACACCAAUUUCUUGGCUUGAACCAUAUGUGAAAGACAAAGACAAAAGUAAAAUAACUGAAAAUGAUUGCUUAUUCUUAGUAUCCCCAAUUUAGUAACUGAAAGAGAAGCCUACUUGGCUGUCCAAUCUGUGGCAUGUCACUACUUGUAAACAAAUCCUGAACCAAAAAUAUGAUGGAAUAGUCAUGGCUAGAACUGAAGAAACAAAAUAGUCUGUUAUCACACAACAAUUGUACCUCUCUGUUUUGUGGGUGUAGUAUAGAUCAAGCCACCACUAUAAAGAGCCAUCUAUAAAAUUAACUAAAACUAAUUCCUUGCUGUUAGCGUGACAAAUCGCAGUUUCUGUAACUGUUUUCAUCAAUAAAAUGUUGUUCACUCAGCAAUCAUGGUAAUUAAUUGCAUAAAAAGAGUCUUGUCUGUAUGACGGGACUCGGUGCUUGAAAAAUCCGGUAUUGAGCGGGUUAGUAGGGACUGUAAUUUAGUCGGUAUCAGGUAAUUGUUCAAUAAUGGUUAUUCCUCUCUCCUCCAACACAGCAGCACGGAAUAAACGAAUCUCGUACACAAGUUCACGGAGCGUAUCCCUGAUUUCUUUCAUCAAGUCACAAGUUUGCUCUUGAUGUUGCACAGAAGAGUUCAUGAAAUCACUU